AUGGAAGCCCUGAAGGCGCUCGCCGUCCGCCGCCUUCCGAAACUAUGCCGAUCGAUCUCGACGGAAGCCGCCGCGGCCGAUCUUCCUGCCCGGUCACCGAGCUGCCGCUCCGGCCAGCAGGCGUUCGCUCUAGCGCUCAACAAGCGCCUCGCGGACGACGCUGCCAGGAGAAACGCCAACCUCAUCUUCUCGCCGGCGUCCGUCUACGCGGCGCUAUCGCUAGUGGCGGCCGGCGCCCGAGAGCGCACCCUCUCGGAGCUGCUCGGCGUCCUCGGCGCGCCUUCGCGGGACGACCUCGCUCGGUCAGUCCGCGUGCUGACGGAGCAGUCCCUGGCCGACCAGUCACGGAUGGGCGGGCCGCGCAUCAACUUCUCCUGCGAUGUGUGGCAUGACAGGACGAGGACUCUCAAGCCCGCCUACAUCAACGCCGCCGUCGAGUCGUACAAGGCACAGACCGGCGCCGUAGACUUCCACGACAAGCCGGAGGAAGCAGCGGCUCAAAUCAACGCAUGGGCGGCAGCAUCCACAAACAAUCUCAUCGACAAAAUCAUCGAUGCGAGUAGACUGUCCGAUCUGACCGACCUCGUGGUUGCCAACGCCAUCUACUUCAAGGGCAAGUGGCAAGAGCCUUUCGACAAGAAGAAGACCAAGGACGACAAGUUCCACCGCCUCGACGGCAGCACCGUCGACGUGCCCUUCAUGCGAGAUUCGCGCAGGCAGCGCAUCGCCUGCCAUGACGGGUUCAAGGUGCUCCAGCUCCAUUACCAGGAAGGCUGGCCCCAGCCACGGGGGAUCUACUCCAUGUGCGUCUUCCUCCCCGACGCCCGCGACGGCCUGGCGCAGCUGACCGACAGGAUCACCUGCGACCCCGACUUUGUAAGCAAGCACCUACCCACGGAGACCGUCAGUGUCGGCGAGUUCCGUCUACCCAAGUUCAAGCUCGACUUCUCCGCUGGCUUGAACGGCGUUCUCCGGGACCUAGGAAUCAACGAGGCUUUCCACCUCAAGAAGGCCGACUUCUCUGACAUGGUGGAAGAUGACGGCCGCGGUGUCAGCCUGCCGCUCGAGGAAAUAUCGCACAGGGCUAUCAUCGAGGUGAACGAGGAAGGCACUGAGGCAACCGCUGCUACCUCUUUGCGGAUGCGUGGGCGUUCUAUACAAAAACCCGUGCUUGUAGACUUCGUCGCUGAUCAUCCAUUUGCCUUCUUUGUGAUGGAGAAGUUGUCCGGUGCAAUCAUGUUCGCAGGGCACGUCCUUGACCCCUCGACCUCCUUGAUGAAGCGACAUAAGAUCGACGACCAAGCAUGAAUGCUUAUUUGCAUACUACUAGGAUCAAGCAGCAUCUACGAUAUUUUAUUGAGAACAUAUAUCUCCAGACUAGGGUCACUUUAAUGUUUUUGCUAGAAUUGUUAUGCAUACUUGUUUCGUAUCCAUAUAUAGGAUUACAUACACAACUACUUAUUGAGUAUACAUUUGACAACCGUCACUUUGCUUU